UGUUUAUAGACUACAAAACUCCCUUCGCGAAGUCAUCUCUAUCGCUAAAGAACGAUGGGGAGUCAAAGGAAUGACUCCUGUUUGGGAGGUGCCAUCAUCCGUCAUUAGACGCAAGCCAGACCUGCAAAUGGCGAACAGCACUCUGCAGCCGGGCCUGCAGGCGCCGCUGCAGCCAGGCGCCGCGGUCGGGGGCGGUGCCGCCGCGGUCAGCGGAGCGCUCAGCCAGCACUGCGCCAUCUGCGGGGACCGCGCCACGGGCAAGCACUACGGCGCGGCGUCCUGCGACGGCUGCAAGGGCUUCUUCCGGCGCUCUGUGCGCAAGAACCAUCAGUACACGUGCAGGUUUAGCCGCAACUGUGUAGUGGACAAGGACAAACGCAACCAAUGCCGCUAUUGCCGUUUACGAAAAUGUUUCAAAGCAGGAAUGAAAAAAGAAGCUGUCCAGAAUGAACGAGAUCGCAUUAGCUGCCGCAGACCCAGCUUUGAAGAACAGACUUCAUCAAAUGGUCUCUCUGUAGCUUCUUUGUUGAAUGCAGAAAUGCUGUCAAGGCAGGUUGUGGCAGCCCUAGAAGUAAGUCCAAAUUCUUCCACAGGUGAAUUGGAGUAUAAUUUAACUAACAAACAAAUUGCCAAUAUAAAUGAUGUUUGUGAUUCAAUGAAGCAACAACUACUCAUCUUAGUUGAAUGGGCUAAAUAUAUUCCAGCGUUUACAGAGUUGCCAUUGGAUGAUCAGGCAAGUGCAAUUUUUCAAGCUUUAGUGGCAUUGCUAAGAGCUCAUGCUGGUGAGCAUUUGCUGCUGGGUUUGGCACGUCGGUCAAUGCACCUAAAAGAUGUUCUUUUAUUGGGUAACAACUGCAUUAUCACACGUGGCAACCCGGAAGCUGGAAUAUCUCCUGAUUUGGACAUAAGUCGUGUUGGAGGAAGAGUUAUGGAUGAACUAGUCAAACCUCUCCAUGAAGUGCAAAUUGAUGACAUAGAAUUUGCUUGCCUGAAGGCAAUUGUAUUCUUUGAUCCUAAUGCCAAAGGCCUUAGUGAUUCAAGCCGUAUAAAGAAUUUACGGUAUCAGAUACAGAUCAAUCUAGAAGAUUACAUCAGUGAUCGCCAAUAUGAUUCUAGAGGACGUUUUGGAGAAAUAAUAUUAACUCUCCCAGCAUUGCAGUCUAUCACUUGGCAAAUGAUUGAGCAAAUUCAAUUUGCUAAACUUUUUGGAGUGGCACGCAUCGACAGCCUUCUUCAAGAAAUGCUUCUGGGUGACAGCCACUCGUGGAACGUCUCUACUCCAUCUCAAGCUGUCCAUGUUCUGGUUCAAACAACCUGCUUAUCGGAUACUCCUUGUACUGUCUUCAUAGACCCUAGUGUGGGAGCCACAACAGAUGGAACUGUCCAGACCCCAACAAAUGCUACCUCAGCCGGCAGUUAUCAAGGGGGAAGUUCUGCAGGUUCUCCCAGCAGCCCACUUACUCCUCAAGGAUCAGUACAAUGCAACAGUCCUCCACAAGUGCAACAGCACGUGCCUCCCCAACCCCUACAUACCAAUGGGCACAUGCCAGUUAGCCCAAUUGCUACCAACUGCCCAAGCACCAAUGUAGGCACGAUUCAGCAACCUGUAAUCAUUUUAUCUGGGCUCACAGAUGAAGACCAGUACAGAAUGGAUUUCAAGCAAGAACCACCACUGGAAGCUGAACCUUCAUAUUAAAUUUUCAGCUUACAUGUAGAACAUCUUUAUUAUAUACUCUGAUCUCUAGAUUAAUUUUCAUAUUUUGUUAUAUUAUUGUUGUGAAUAGAUUCUUUGCUUUUACCAAUAUCUGCAUCUCAUUUAAAAAAAUAAGCUAAAUCAAGGAAAUCCAACACAAUGGAGUGUACCUUGAUGCUCCAGAAAGCUGUGUUUUUUUAAUUUUUUCAUAAAAAGCUGGAGCUUUUUAAAGAGAAACUAGCUUGACUGAGUUUUGUUUAGUGAUUAAAUACUCCUAGAUUCUAUACAAGUGAGAGUUAUGCACCCCCUCUUCAUUCAUGGACUCAUUAUCACUACCUACUAUAAAUGGGUCAUAAAACUGCAAACUAUUUGCUUUUGUACCAGCAGACUUGUUGUGAUAGUCUGCUAGGUAUCCAUCGUGCAAGGAAAAAUGAAGCCUGGUAAACAUGUGCAGUACAGGCUUGCCAAUACAAGUGUUUCAGAAGAUAUCACUGCUAGAAAUGGAAGAUUAAGAAACAAUGUGUUGAAUUGCUGGCUCUGUGUUCUGAAGAAAAUAUUUUUCACAAAUGUUUCAAAGAAGCUCAUUUUAUUGUUUGGAGAAAAUGUAUGAACUUAAAUUAAAGUCAUUUUUUUUCAACAAGAGUUUCUAUAGGAUCCAGUUCAGAGACUGCAUGAUUUAAUCAUUUUUUGUUUUAUAUGUGAAUGUUGGAGUACAACUGCAUAAAAUACGAAGUGAAUUUUGUUUGAAUCAUUAAUACAUUUCCCUCUUUCUUGUAGUCCUCUUUUAAAUGACUUCUAAAGAACUAUAACAUAUGUUAUUAGUUAACUGCUUGCAUAUACAUUCAUGCUCACAUUUAGCAGUAAGUGAUUUUUAUGCUCAAGGUUGUGAACAUAGGAGUAAGAAAAUUAUACGAAGUAAGUACUUUCAUACUUCAUAAAAAUAGUUCUAGCCAAAACAUGGGGAAAACUUCCAGGGAGCUAUGUAUUUAAUACUUUGAAUAUUGUUUUUAUAUGUGUAAAUGGUAAAUAUGUUCAAGUGCUGUUAAAUGUGCAAUACUGAAAUUUUUGAAUUUUCCCAAAUGUACAGGUUAUAUUUAAAGAAUUAUAAAAUAAAAACAAUUUAUUGACUUUGAA